AUGUUUGCCCUCCUUGCCCUCCCCCUCUCUCUCCUCUUCUUCUCUCGCUCCCUCGCUUUUCAUCCCAUCCAAUCUCAAAUCCUCCACCUCGAAUUCAUUGCGGCGCUCUCACCCACCAGUUUCGAAGCCCGCCACGUCUGGAAAGAGUCUCGCGAAACCGCUAUCGCCCUCUUCCACUGCAAUUUCCUCUACUUCGUGCCCUCUUUCACUCUCUCCCUCCUCGCCGCCGUCUCCUCCGUCGUCUCCGCCGAAUCGGGGUACCACAGAAACCCCAUUGGCGUAAAGCCUGUUCUUAACGCUGUCAAGUCCACGUGGCGAAGGACGUUAGUUACUUCGAUUUUUGUUUAUGUCAUCCUGUUCUGUUAUUCUAGCGUGCCUCGUACCUUAUGGUCCUUAACUGGAGGAGGUGUUUUCGGGUCGGGUUUUGUUAUUUGGGUUGUCGGGUCGGCUGUUGAGAUUUAUUUGAUGGCGGUUUUGGGGAUGAGUUUGGUGGUUUCGGUUUUGGAAGAGAGGUUUGGGUGGGAUGCAAUAUUUAUCGGGUCAGAUUUGAUGGAGGGGAAGCGGGUUUGUGGGUGGGUGUUAUCGGCUCUGAUGGGUUUGGUUACGGGUUUGAUUGGGUGGAAAAUGGAGGGGUUGAAGAUGGACAGUGAGGACCUGGCGAAGAAAACAAGAUGGACGGCCGUGAUGUUGUUGAAAGGGUGGGAGGCGUUGGGGUUGGCAGUUUUGUACGGGGCAGUAAUGGUCUGGGGUUAUGUUGUGGCCACCGUGUUUUACUGUGAGUGCAGAAAACAGCAUGUCGUCUGGGAAGUAGAGCGUGGGAGUGUUGAUGUUUGA